AUGAGACUCGCCGGUUUUAUUAAACCGCUGCUGUUGCGCGUAAAUAAAAGCAGACGCUUACCAGGACAGCAUUAUGCAACGAGCGUCGAAUCUGAAGAAUACGUAUUUGACACCAAAGAGUAUAUUGAUUUUAAGAAACAAUUGCGACAGCAAAAUGUUAACAACAAGGAUGGACACACGUGCUUGCAACUGGAAUGCCGGCUAUGCGAGCGAAUGCCGGCGACGUCAACAACGCGUGCACAUGGACCGCUGGCUUACAUAAACAAGAAAACGGGCGCCUUUAUUUGUCCCAGCUGUGAUGUUAAACUAACCCUUGCGAAUGCCGCCAGGGCUUACCAGACACCGGCGCUGUCGGGCUAUCAGCGCGCGCCAAAAAAGACACCGGAAUAUGCAUCACGUUUCCCCAAUUUGGUGAAUGUUCCAACGGAGGCCUGCGAAGCGCUCGGUCUGCGAGGCUUGAAGGAGGCCCAGCUGAAUGCCAUUGGUGCACUGUAUGAGCCCGAGCAGCAGCUGCUGCACUUUAAGCUGCGCAACGCGGCCCACCUGGUGGUGGGCGAGAAGGUGCUGCGUCUGAGCGACCGCAGCGAGCAGACAUUCCAGGGCAGCUCCAGCUCUGGUCUGCUAAUACACGGCACAGGGAACAAGAGCAAGGCGGUGCUGGUGAGCAAUCUGCUGGACUUUAUAGUGCUGGCCACGCAGAACAUCGAAACACAUUGCAUCGUCUGCCUGCCGUAUGCAUUGCAUCUGCUGCCGCAAGAAUGCCUGCCUGGCUUAGAGCGCUUCAAGGAGUUGGUCUUCUGGCUGCACUAUGAUGCCACGCACAGUUGGGAUGCGGCACGCGCGUUUGCACAGAAAAUGGACGAGAGACGCUGCCUGUUGAUACGGCCCACCGAUACGGAGCCAGCGCCGCAUUUGGCUCUAAAGCGACGGCUCAACGUGCGCCACAUAUUGGCCAAGGCGACGCCCGUGCGGCACAAAUCGAUUACCACAUUCAAUGCCCUGCGCAACGACAUUUUGAGUGAGCUACAGAACAUCGAGAAGGUGAACGGUGUCAAAUGGAAACGGUUUCCGGUGCUCAACAAGCUGCUCAAGGGUCAUCGCAAGGGCGAGCUCACCAUAUUGACGGGGCCCACGGGCAGCGGGAAAACGACCUUUACUAGCGAGUACUCGCUGGAUCUGGCCAUGCAGGGCGUCAGCACACUUUGGGGCUCCUUUGAGAUACGCAACACGCGGCUGGCUGCGACACUGUUGCGUCAAUUUGUUGGCUAUCCGCUGGAUGAUAAGCUGCAAGAGUUUGACCACUGGGCCACAGAGUUUGAGCGCCUACCGAUGUACUUUAUGACCUUUCAAGGUCAGCAGCCGCUCAAGCCAGUGCUGGAGGCCAUCGAGCACGCCCAGUACGUGCACGACAUUUCCCAUGUGAUUAUAGACAAUUUACAGUUCAUGAUGGGCGUUUCAUCGUAUCGCGGUGACAAGUUUUGGGAACAGGACUCCAUUAUAGCAGCAUUUCGUGGCUUUGCCACCAAACACAAUGUGCACGUCACUUUGGUCAUGCAUCCUCGCAAGGAACGGCAGGAGGAUGAGCUGACAACGAGCUCGGUAUUUGGCACCGCAAAGGCCACACAGGAGGCAGACAAUGUGCUGAUCAUACAGGACAAGCGGCUGACCUCGGUGCGUGGCAAGAAGUAUCUCCAGAUAGCCAAGAAUCGUUACAGCGGCGAUCUGGGCAUAAUGCCGAUGGAGUUUGAUAAGGAUGCUCUCAGCUACUCCAGCUCAGUGCAGAGCGCCAAACGACGACGGGAGCGUGAAAAGACAUCACCAACUGAGAGUUGACCCCAGUUUCA